CGAGCCGGGGCCGGGCCCGGGGCGUUGCGGCCCCUCGGCUCGGCUCGGCUCGGCUCGGAGCGGGCCCCGCGCUGCCUCCCCCGGCGCUGGGCGCGGGCGGCUCCCGGCGGAGUCCAUCUUAGGGCGGCGCGGCCGGGCCCAGCCCCGCGCGGCCCCGCGGAGGAGCCGGGCUCGGGGAGCGCCGCUCGCCCCCCGCACCCGCUGCGGGGCCGUGGCAGCAGAGAGCAGCUUCGGAGCCGGCGGCGGCGCCUUUUCUUUUCUUUUCUUUUUUUUUUUUUUUUUUUUUUCUUUUUUUUUCCUUUCCAAAACAUGGCUGAAGCCGGGACGGGCUUUCUGGAGCAGCUCAAGUCCUGCAUCGUCUGGUCCUGGACCUACCUCUGGACGCUGUGGUUCUUCCUCAUGCUCUUCCUCGUCUACAUCCUGCGGGUGCCCCUGAAGAUCAACGACAACUUAACCACAGUGAGUAUGUUUUUGAACACGUUAACCCCCAAGUUCUAUGUUGCCCUGACAGGCACCUCCUCAUUAAUCUCGGGACUUAUUUUGAUCUUCGAGUGGUGGUACUUCCGCAAGUACGGCACGUCCUUCAUCGAGCAGGUCUCGGUGAGCCACCUGCGACCUCUGCUGGGCGGGGUGGACAACAGCGCGCCCAGCACGGCCAACGCCGCCGGCGGCGAGGCGGACUCCAGCCGCCAGAGCGUCUCAGAAUGCAAAGUCUGGCGAAAUCCUUUAAAUCUGUUCAGAGGAGCUGAAUAUAAUCGGUAUACGUGGGUAACAGGGAGAGAACCCUUGACUUACUACGAUAUGAAUCUUUCAGCACAGGACCAUCAGACAUUCUUCACAUGUGACACGGAUCAUUUACGGCCUGCAGAUGCUAGUAAGAGAUGUUUAAUGCAAAAAGCCUGGAGAGAGAGAAACCCUCAAGCCCGAAUUUCUGCAGCACAUGAAGCUUUGGAAUUGAAUGAAUGUGCCACUGCCUAUAUUCUCUUGGCUGAAGAGGAAGCUACAACAAUUGUAGAAGCAGAGAAGCUGUUCAAGCAGGCUCUGAAAGCUGGAGAGGGCUGUUACAGGCGCAGCCAGCAAUUGCAGCAUCACGGUGCCCAGUACGAAGCCCAACACAGAAGGGACACCAAUGUGUUAGUUUAUAUUAAGAGGAGGCUGGCAAUGUGUGCAAGAAAGCUGGGAAGGACCAGAGAAGCAGUGAAAAUGAUGAGAGAUUUGAUGAAGGAGUUUCCUCUGCUCAGCAUGUUCAAUAUCCAUGAAAACCUGCUAGAAGCUUUGUUGGAACUGCAAGCAUAUGCAGAUGUCCAGGCAGUCUUAGCAAAGUAUGAUGAUAUAAGCUUACCAAAAUCAGCAACAAUAUGUUACACAGCUGCGUUGCUCAAAGCCAGAGCUGUCUCUGACAAAUUUUCUCCAGAGGCUGCCUCAAGGCGAGGGCUGAGUACUGCAGAGAUGAAUGCAGUAGAAGCUAUUCACAGAGCAGUAGAAUUUAAUCCACAUGUGCCAAAAUAUCUACUAGAAAUGAAAAGCUUAAUUCUGCCCCCUGAACAUAUUCUGAAGAGAGGGGACAGUGAAGCAAUAGCAUAUGCUUUCUUUCAUCUUCAACACUGGAAAAGGGUAGAGGGAGCAUUGAAUCUCUUACACUGUACAUGGGAAGGCACUUUCAGAAUGAUCCCCUAUCCACUGGAAAAAGGACAUCUUUUCUACCCUUACCCUAUUUGUACAGAAACUGCAGAUAGAGAACUACUACCAUCAUUUCAUGAAGUUUCAGUUUACCCCAAGAAAGAGCUUCCCUUCUUCAUCCUCUUCACUGCUGGACUCUGUUCUUUCACAGCCAUGCUAGCCCUCUUGACACAUCAGUUCCCAGAGCUUAUGGGGGUCUUCGCAAAAGCUUUUCUCAGCACCCUCUUUGCCCCUUUAAAUUUCGUGAUGGAAAAAGUGGAAAGCAUCCUGCCCUCCAGCCUGUGGCACCAGCUGACGAGGAUCUGAGGGAGCACACCCGCGGACUGACUGCCAUGACGUCUUCUGUGCCAACUUUUUGUUGACCACAAGAAAGCAUGAUAAAAAGGGAAGCAGUUCUAAGACUUAAAAACUCUUCAUGGAUUGUCUGUUCUCAUAUGAAAACUGUUUUGUUGUACAAAAUACAUUGAUGUUAGGUUCUAUUAUAUUUUGCCUUCAGAAAAGACAAACUUAAAAAUAAACUUUUUGUGUAUUGCAGCA